UAUGGGCCAGAUUGCUCAAGUUUUACAACGUCUAUUUCCUUUUAAACGGGGACUAUGCCACGCUUAUUGGGCACCCAAUUUCUGGGCAUUGUAUAAUUUUGCUGACAAGGCUUUAUCUAUGAUAGGGAAAAAAACAGGCUAUUUCCAUGUCACUAAUGAUCGUGCAGUAAUGACGGGUGGCUUAGUUCAAGAGUUUAAGCAUGUUGUUUUGCCAAACAUAAGUCCAUUUAUUACUUUGGUAUGCACUCUUCUGGCGAUGAUUCCAAUACUAUUGAAGACUUUAAGACGCAAAUCGGUGGCUGAUGAUUUCAUAAAAUGUACUGUACUUUGCUCUUUCAUCAGUUAUAUGUUUGGAUGGCACGUACACGAAAAAGCAGUAAUAAUUAUGAUUCUGCCACUUACCCUUCUCUCCGUAAAAUCAAAGAAAGACGCAAAAAUGUAUUUGCUACUGUCCAUUAUUGGACAUUUCUCUCUCUUUCCCCUCAUAUUUACACCACCAGAAAACUUAAUAAAGUAUUUGAUGAUGGCUCUGUUUACAAUUAUCAGCUUUUAUGUUCUUUCUCGUGUUCAUGAUGAAAAACCAAGUAAUUUCCUAUCAACUCUUGAAAUCUUCUACUUAUAUGGACUGAUAGUAUUAGAACCAUUUAUAGAAGCAAGCACUGAAAAAGCUUGUGACGGAUUAAUUGCUGAAGAAAUAGCUAGACCCCAACAUGGGUAUCUAUAUUCUCAAGGCUAUCUUACUCAAGAAUAUUAUCCGAAUAAAGCGUUGUGUAGAUGGGCAGUUUCGGCUGAAAAAGAUUACGAAAUUGUAAAGUUUCGGCUUGUCAAUACAACAAUACGAAGAAGUGCUACUUGUAGUGAAGACUAUGUCGAGGUAAAAGAUGGUCGAACAUUAUGGUCAAGAAGCAUAAAGAGGUGGUGUGGUGAACAACUUAUAACGGAUACUGUUACAUCUUCCGGUCCGAAAAUUCUUGUAACUUUUCGAACGAACAAUAAAUAUCAAGAUAAAGGAUUCAUAUUUGAAUAUUGGAGUGAACCUAAAGCUAUAACUACGUAUGUUAAAGCGGAGAUGACUAUCGUCACUUAUAUACUCUUUGCCCUGUUUAUAAUCACGACAAGCUUUAUAGUAAUCUCGGCGAUUAUUCUUUACAUUAUAACAAAUAAGAGGAAAAAAAUCCUAAAGAAAACCUUCACCGGUAAUGUUCUACCAGAGUCAAAAAUUGAGCGUCGAUCAGCAAUGGGCAACAAAGAUACGAAUGGUUACGCUCUUUCUCCAAACAACGAGACUAAAGUAACACCUCGAAUGGUCAAAACCGAAGUUGACCCUUGUCCCAAGCCAGCAACAUCAGCCGUUUAA